ACGAACCCGAGAAAGAGGACCCUUUUACGCUUCCUAAGCUACCUUCAGUUGCAGAGACAAUAGCAGGGCUCGAUCCCUCGCCUCCCUACCUUCGCUGCAAGCACUGCAAGGGCAAACUCCUCCGCGGGGUGCAGUCAGCUAUCUGCGUUUUUGUGGCACAAAUCCCCGUAAGGAUUUGCCUCCUGACCCUGUGAAGUUCAAAGACACUGUUGGAUAUCGCUUCUUACUAGACUCCCUUCAACUAGAUGGAUCGGAGAUGGUGGAACCAGUUAAUAAAGGAAAUGACUCAAACAGAGAGAGGAGUGCAUCAAAAGAAGAGAUUCCCUUAUCUGAACUGUUAGAUUUGGAAAUUAUACGGCCUUCUGAGUCAGAUGGACCUCAAACCGGUAACUCAGAUGAGGCAGCAUUCCAGAGCAAAGGUUCAUUAAAUUUGGCUGCAGUUGACCUUGAUAGGUUUGCUCAGAGGAAAUUUGCUUCUGAUGCAUUUGAAGAUCAGUUGGCUUCGAAAAAGCUAGUGGAUAGCGCUGAAGAUAAGCCUCUCCAAACUAAUGAAAAUCUUAGUUUGUUUCAGAAUGACCUGACUCCAGAAACAACCACGGGGCCUUCAGAAGGUCAGAGUGGCAAUUCCUUUUCUGGUUGGGAGGCAGACUUCCAGUCUGCAGGUUCUGAGGCAGUUGAUAAAGAGGCCAGAUCAUUUGAUCAUUCUAAUGUGAUCUGGAUGAGGUAUUUGGAUAUGGGAAUGCUUCUCUGAGUGUAAAGAAGAAUGACAGCUUGAACCCUUCAGCAUCUAUGGAAAAUGAUUGGUUUCAGGGUGGUAUACAAAGAACUUCCGAGCUAACCAGUCAGACUGGGAAACCUGAAGUAACGUUUGAUCUAAAUUAUGCAAAAAUGGCAGAGAGUGCUCGCAGUUCUACUGGAAAUUUAGACUGGAUGCAAGAUGACCAAGGGCAAGAAAGCCAAACAAGACAACUGAUAAUGUGAUUACUAACGAAGCUGCUGAUUCAUUGGAUGCUUGGGAUGACUUUACUGGCUCGGCCAUCACUCAAGAUCCCUCCAGUAGUGUUUCAAACUCAAAGAUAACUAGCCAGACUUGGGACGCUAAAGUGACUGCUGAUCUUAAUGAUGCAAAAACAGCAGAGGGUAAUCAUAGUUCAU